ACGAACAAAGUUUAAACGAACUGUUUUCAAAAAUUCGAGUCAUUUGCUCCCACGAUUUGGUGUAAAAACUCCAAAUGAAGUUUAAACACACGACACUGCUGCAUUGCGCAAGAGAUGAGAAAACUUGUGGAAUGUAUCAAAUGUGACAGGAUAAUUGUGUGGCAGCGGAGAGUGAGGGAAAGGAGGAGGCUUGACGACACCUUCCGUGAGAGACAUUCAGACUUUUAGACAAGAGAUGUCUUCAUUCUGCUUAAGAAGCGCUCAUUGACGCUAGACUAAAAGACCUAAAAGGCAUCAGGGGACGUCCACUAACCGUGUCGCGGCUUCCUCUCUCUCUCCAUCAGCCGCCUCGAUGCGCUCUGCUCCUCCGCGCAGGAGGCUGAAGACCCGCCGGCCGAGGGGAGCUGCCAGCCGCCUCUUCCCUGUUGGAUGGACCGCGGUUCUGUCCCUCAGUCCCAUCCAGCUUUCGACUCCCUUUCACUUUUUCCUGAUGUCAGCUGAUUUUGAGCGGCGUCUAUCCUGAAGGUGAGCAGCACUACUUCUGCAGACUGCUUCAGCAUGGCCACAGGAGUCGAAGCAUGGCUCCCGUUCGCCCGGGCAGCCGCCAUUGGCUGGAUGCCCGUGGCCAGCUGCCCCAUGCCCGUGGCGCCGAGGGACAACUGUCGCAGACAAGACGAGCUCAUCGUCCUCAACGUCAGCGGCCGUCGCUUUCAAACCUGGAGGACCACUCUGGACCGUUACCCCGACACCCUGCUCGGAAGUUCCGAGAAAGACUUCUUCUACAACGAGGAAGCAAAGGAGUACUUCUUCGAUCGGGACCCCGAUGCGUUCAGGAGCAUCCUCAACUUCUACAGGACGGGGAAGCUCCACUACCCUCGCCAUGAGUGCAUCUCGGCCUACGACGAGGAGCUGAUCUUCUUCGGCAUCAUCCCCGAGAUCAUUGGGGACUGCUGCUACGAAGAGUACAAAGACAGGAAGCGGGAGAACAUGGAACGGCUGCAGGAUGACCAGGAGGAAAACAAAGACCUCAAGCUUCCCAACAUGAACUUUAGGGAGACCAUGUGGAGGGCCUUUGAGAACCCGCACACAUCCACCAUGGCCCUGGUCUUCUACUACGUCACCGGGUUUUUCAUCGCCAUCUCCGUCAUCACCAACGUGGUGGAAACCGUGCCAUGCGGUCUCACCGCCACCCAGAAAGACAUGCCUUGUGGAGAGCGCUACACGGUGGCUUUCUUCUGCAUGGACACCGCCUGUGUCAUGAUCUUCACAGUGGAGUACCUGCUCCGCCUGUUCGCCGCGCCUAGCCGCUACCGCUUCAUGCGCUCCGUGAUGAGCAUCAUCGACGUGGUGGCCAUAUUGCCGUACUACAUCGGCUUGGUGAUGACCAACAACGAGGACGUGAGCGGCGCCUUUGUCACACUGCGAGUGUUCCGCGUGUUUCGCAUCUUUAAGUUCUCGCGGCACUCGCAGGGCCUGCGCAUCCUGGGCUACACCCUCAAGAGCUGCGCUUCAGAGCUGGGCUUCCUCCUCUUCUCGCUCACCAUGGCCAUCAUCAUCUUUGCUACGGUCAUGUUCUACGCCGAAAAGGGAUCCAGCUCCAGCAAGUUCACCAGCAUCCCAGCUUCCUUCUGGUACACUAUUGUUACCAUGACGACACUGGGAUAUGGAGACAUGGUGCCAAAGACCAUUGCCGGGAAGAUCUUCGGGUCCAUCUGCUCGCUGAGCGGCGUGCUGGUGAUCGCCCUGCCAGUGCCCGUCAUCGUGUCCAACUUCAGCCGCAUCUACCACCAGAACCAGAGGGCGGACAAACGCCGCGCCCAGAAGAAAGCCAGACUAGCCAGGAUACAUUUGGCCAAAUCAGGGAGCGCCAACGCCUUCCUGCUGAGCAAACACAACGGAUUACUGAGCAACCUGCUGGAGCUGACGAGUGCAGAGGCUGACGGGCAGAAGCUGGCAAAGCCGUCGUCUCUUUACGAGAGUCAACACCACCAUCUGCUGCACUGCCUGGAGAAAACCACUGCGCAUGAAUUUGUAGACGAGCAGCUGUAUGAACAGAGCUGUUUAGAAGCCAUGCUGCAGAGCUUUCCCGCCCGCAAGCCGUCUGUAAGCAGCCACGAGGACGCCGCCACCUCCUGCUGCGGACGCAGGACCAGGAGGAACACGCCACUGACCCAUGCGGGGUCCAAUCAGCACAGCCCCCUGAGGGAGCUCAGUGCCAUCCACAUACAGUGCGGGGAUCGAACGUCGCACGCUCCCAGUCGUUCAAACCUCAACCUGAAGCCCACCGAUGACCUCGGCAGGAUCCACUGCAAGAGCGGCCGCAUCACCACCGCCAUCGUCAGCCUCCCCACCGCCUCUUCCUUGACGCACGACGCCGACAAGCUCAGGGGGCCGCCUGGUCGAAGGCCGCCCCCUUCCUCGGGUCAGCCCGGGGGGGGCAGCAUCCAAACGACGACCAGCUCGGCCAACAUCGUCAAAGUGUCCGCCCUGUGACGUCGUCUGGAGACACGACAGGACGUUUGAUGAAGAUAAGUCUUGGACAAAAAGUGUGGUUUGUGAUAGUUUGAGAGACACUGGGGUGCAGUUAGCAUAUCGGUCCAGCAGGCGGCGCUGUUCAGCUUCUGCAAUGUCAUUUCCUGUUGACGUAAAAUGUUUGGGGAUUUCUGUUGUUGUUGUUGUUGUUGUAUCGUGUUGGCGUACCGUGUCGUUCGUGUGUCACGUUCAAAACUUCGAAAAAAAGCAUAAUUUUGAAACACUAUUCUGCCUAGCAACAACUAGAGAGUCACUUUGUGUUCUCGGUUUGAAUAUUAAAAAAGGCAUUCAUUGCACACUGCUCAUGCAUGUGUGGAAAUAGUGAAUAUACCACAAAAUUUAUAAUGAUAACAAUAGGGGCUUGGAAUCGUAAAACAAAAAAAAAGGCGCAGUUAUUCGGCGAAAUUGAUGCUUUUCUAUUUUUAUACACACGUAUUCCAAAUUCUUGGACCUAACACGGACAUGGAAUAUGCACACUUGAAUGUAAUCAUGAGUUUUACAAAUGUGUUUUAAAACAUUAAUAAUAAUGUGAUGUUUCCAUCUUCUUAACGAGGCUUUUAUUCGUCAUCUAAAUAUGAAUCAGCGUCUGCUCAGUUGUUAUUACUUUUAUCUAGAGCAGGGGUGCCCAUUACGACGAUCGCGAGCUACCGGUUGAUCAUGGAGGGUGUGUCAGUCGAUCGCCAGCCAGGCAUGAAAAAAAUAGUCGUAAAAAUUGCCAUCAUCAAUCUUUAUGACGUCACUUUCGUCACUUGAUUGACAUUCACAACACCCGAGGGUCUUGUGAGAUGACGCUGGCUGCUGCCAGAUCAUUAUUAAGAAAAAAUGACCGACAGGAAGGCGAGAAACACUUUUUAUUUCAACAGACUCUAGCGCAGUGGUUCUUAACCUGGGUUCGAUCGAACCUUAGGGGUUCGGUGAGUCGGGCUAGGGGUUCGGCGGAGGUCAAGACACACCCGACUCAUCGUGUAAAUAAAAACUUCUCCCUAUCGGCGUAUUACGGAUACGGCAACAGCAGAAGUCAGACUGAUUUGCAGGUGUGUAAUUUGUUGUGAGUUUAUGCACUGUGUUGGUUUUGUUGUUUAAACAAGGUGAUGUUCAUGCACGGUUCAUUUUGUGCACCAGUAAAAAAACAUGGUAACACUUUAGUAUGGGGAACAUAUUCACCAUUAAUUAGUUGCUUAUUAACAUGCAAAUUAGUAACAUAUUGGCUCUUAACUAGUCAUUAUUAAGUACUUAUUAAUGCCUUAUUCGGCAUGGCCUCAUUAUAACCCUAACCCUCUAACCCUGGCCCUAACACUCUAACCCACGGGUGUCCAAAGUGCGGCCCGGGGGCCAUUUGUGGCCCGCAGGUCAUUUUUUAACGGCCCCACGGCACAUUUUAAAAAUACAAUUGAAAACAAUUAAAAACAUGAUAAGUGGUAUAAAAGAGCAAACAGGUGAAAUGUAACAAGAAAAUGUCGCAAUGUAUACUCUAAUAACACAAAGCUGCCAUGCAGGCUGUUUCUUUCUUCUACGUCAUUAUGAAUU